AUGAAUAUGGAGAAACGUCUUGGCGGAAGCCCAUCCACGAAAGAGGGACGGCAAUUACUAGAAAGUCGUUCUCCUCUGAAUUUCGCUGACAAAGUUACGAAACCAAUUUUGAUUAUGCAAGGAGCAAAUGAUCCCCGAGUAAAGCAACAAGAGUCAGACCAAUUUGUAAACGAGCUGAAAAAGCAUAAUAUACCUGUAACUUACGUGCUCUAUCCGGAUGAAGGCCACGGCUUUCGCAAAGAGAGAAAUGUUUUGGCGCAGUAUGGAUUUAUCGAAGAAUUUCUACAUAGUUGCCUUGGUGGAGCAUAUGAACCUUACAAUCCGGGACAGUAUGGCUCUUCAGCUAUAGUAAAAUCUAGAGGCUUCGUCUUUUCGAACCCACAUCUCAACACAGCUCCCUUCACUAGAGCAGCGGAUCCAUCCUUCAUGCCGCCGGCAAAUAACUUAAAUCAACCCUUCAUACACUUUUUCUUUCGUAUAAUAUGAGAGGUGCAACUCAGUGCCACACUUCCAAAAUUACACUGCCUUGCUAGUUCGUUAGCAUUGUUUCUAUGAGGUGUAUGCGGUGCGCUGUAAAUUAAAAGACAAUAAAGCAUGAU